AUGACUUUCAAAGUACUUAUACUUUGCGUUGUAGCGAUCGCAUUCGCUGAAAAAUAUUCCGACAAAUAUGACAACGUUAAUAUUCAAGAAAUUAUAGAGAACAGAAGAGUACUACUAUCAUAUGCGAAUUGCCUUUUAGACAAAGGGAAAUGCAGUCCAGAUGGCAAGACGCUUAAAGAUAAUCUGAAGGAUGCUGUCGAGACGAAUUGUGAAAAGUGCACGGACGCCCAAAAAGAGGGAACUUCCGUCAUGUUCCGUCAUUUGAUCGAAAAAGAGCGAGAAAUUUGGAAUGAACUAACCGCUAAGUAUGACCCAACUGGGCAAUGGAGAAAAACGUACGAAGACGAGAUCAGAAAAAGUGGCAUCAUUUUACCCUAAAAAGAUAACAAA